GUCACUUUUCGCAGCAAAACAACGUUUUCAUUACAUUUUCAUCACGGGUUCCUGUACGCAGAUAGAUUGUUCCUGCUAAAUGACUGUGGUGGCAGCCAGUAUCACAUAGAAAAUGAACAAGGGUGAUUGGGGAAACAGAUUGAAGAAGGUGGAACAACUAGCUCAGUCCUUCCAGCAGUGUCCUUUGUCCUCGCGCUACAAACCUAGGCUGUCCAGGCCAUGGCAGCCGUCCUCCAUAUGGAAGCUCUUCCCUCGUCAAUGUAUGGCUAUCAACUUUGGCCAGAGUUGCAGAGAGGACGUACACGUGUUUGCACUUGAGAAGGAACAGGCCAAGAUGGGUCAGAGGAUCUUCCUGGUCACCAGUUACAGUGAGCUAUGGCAUUACUACAGUACCUACAGGCAAUCUCUGAUGCAUUGCUAUGAGGUGAUCCCCGAGGGGGCCGUUUGCAAGCUGUAUUUUGACUUGGAGUUCCACAGGCCCUCCAAUAAGGGCUUUGAUGGGAAGUGCAUGGUGGCCUCCCUCAUCCAGUAUGUGUGUGAGAAGCUGGAGGAGGUGUAUGGGAUUGAGUGCUCUGGGAAAGAUGUUCUGAACCUUGACUCCAGCACCGAGGAAAAAUUCAGUCGCCAUCUCAUCUUCAUUUUACCAAAUGCAGCUUUUAAGGAUAACCUACAUGUCGGGCACUUUAUCCAUUUCAUUCUGCAGCCAGUGCUGAGCAUGCAAAGGAGGGGAAGUGAACUUGAGAAUGACGUGGGUGGUGUCACAGAGGACAGUGACAAAAGGGGGCUGAUUGGAAGUCCACAGGCCAAGAGGCCCAGACAGGAAGAGAGGGACCUCAGCUUCCUGUUGGUGAAAAACAAGGACGGACAGGAGGGGCUUUUUGUUGACCUCGGUGUGUACACCAAGAACAGAAACUUCCGUCUCUACAAGUCAUCCAAGGUGGGGAAGAAUGCAGCCUUCACUGUUGCCGAGGACAACAAGUUCAUCACCAAACCUAAAAGGAACGUCUCUGCAGAGGAGUGCUUGUUCCAGUCCUCCUUAAUCAGCAACGUGAGUUUCACCGGUCAGAAGAUUCUGACAUGGGACCUCCAUGAAGAGAGGGACGGGAUAUGCCCCAAGCCUCAUGCUCAGCUGGGUUCGACUUCACACUGUGUUUCAGACUCUUUGGGAGGCUACCAGUGUUCUCCUCACAAAGAAGUGGACAACUUCGUUCUUUCUGUGGUGAAAAAGGAUGGCAUCCAAGGAAGCAUACGACGGUGGAACUACUUUGUAUCAGAGCAGUUACUUGUCUAUGACAUCCUGAAGUACCGCUGGUGUCAGAAUGUGGACCGGUUCCACAAAAGCAACAACAUCAUGAUUCUGGUGGAUCUCAAAGAGGAGGUCUGGUACCAGAAGUGUCACGACCCUGCUUGCAAGAGCUUCAGAUCUUCCAGUUACCCAUUACCACAGGACAUCUGCCUUAGCUACCUCAUAACAAUGGAUGAGGAGGACCAGGCGUAUCUGAUGGACGACGUGGGAAACAUCGAGCUCAGCCAGACACCCCCAGCUGAGAAGUACCAGGGGGGCUCGGCAGCAACACUUCCCCAGGGAGAAGGCCGCGAUCCCUGGGGAGAUAAGCCAGACGACCAGGCCUACCUGGAGGCCCUGGAGGAUGUCGAGAGAAACACAGGCGAUUUGGCAGAGGAUGAUGUCCCAGAUGAGCUUCUGCUCCAAACCAUGACUGAGUUUGAGUCCCUCAAAGAUUUGUGCUUGUCGGGCCACUAAGUGUUAUUGGCGCAUUUUUCUUCAAUUCUGUUCAUGGAGACACAGGGUGAGCAGGCUUUUGCUCCAGCUCAGACGGAACCCACCCCAUUGAACUAUUCAAGGGCUUGAUGCUUAGUUUAAUUAGGUUUGGUGAGGUGCUGGGCUGGAACAAAAGCCUGCCAGCCUGUGUCUCCAGGAGCAGAAUGGAAGAAGACUGCAUUAGAGGGAGGUUAUACUUGUCCCACAAUUAAUUUCUCAUUUCUAAUACAGUAAUUCAGUACAAUCCUCAAUUUCAAUUACUGGCUGUUAAUGCACUUUAUGAACAGGGGUUUUUCCCAAUUACCUAGGCCUAUUCAAUGCAAGGUGCGUUAUAGCAGGGGUCUCCCAACAGGUCGAUCGCAAGCUACCAGUAGCUCGCAGCCCACCGAUGAGUAGCGAGCCAAACAAUUCUGAAAGUACAUGCAAGUUUCAUGUGUUCCACUGCAAACAGUCAUAAACAAAUCUCACAAGUAUCAGACACCGCAAGCUCCCAGCUACUAUCUAGUCAAUGCAACAUUGACAUUAUCCCACCCCAGGUAAGCCAUUAUUGGCUUAAAAACCCAAACCUAACACAAUAUCUGCCAAAUUAAUAUCCAGCAAUAUUGCCAGUCUGUCUGUGUGGUGUGUUUGUCUAUCACUCCGUGUCUAGCCAGAUAUGAUAACUGUCUUGUGGGUUGACAGAAAUACUUUCCCCCAAAACUUCUCAAUUAUCAUGAGUAAGUAUAUCAUUUGUAUCUAUUAUUUGUUAUUUGCAAACUUUGCCAUGAAAUGAGCAGCAGCAGUACAGAACCGUCGUUAGACCGACACAUUAGACGGCACAUUCCUCAGUCGUUAGAUUCGCAAUUAAAGGGCCAGAUGCGCAAAAAACCCAGAUAUUAGUUUGUUUCCUUCCAGAUUUAAGCAUUGACAUGGACUUUUGAUGUUUCGCUAUGAAUAAUUGUAAUUUUGAGAGUGAAAACGCAAAAAAUCAAAGCCAUUUUUAAAAAGUAGCUCUCAUGGUAGAAAAGGUUGGAGACCCCUGCGUUAUAGCGUGGCGCACUAUAACAGACUUGAAGGUAAUUUACGGUUAAGCCGACAGGAACAGCGUUCAUUAUGAAUGCAAUCUCCACUAAUUUCUGGGAAUAUGCCGUUAAAAAGAGCAUUGUCGGCUGUGUAGUGCGCUGUACUAUAAAGCACCUUGCAUUGAAUGCCGGCCCUACUGGUUGUUCUGAUAGCAUAGCUUGUUAAGAUGUUUCUGAUAACUGAACAUUGAUAAACUUCCAACUCCUUA